GUCGCCGCUGGCUCCUUCCUGGAAGGAGUCCUGGCCUAUGUGGAAGUGUGGUCAGCCAACAGGACAGAAAACUACUCCAAGACCUUUACUGAACAGCUUAUGCAGAUGGGAGCAAAGGUUUCAAAAACGUUCAACAAGAAAGUGACACAUGUCGUCUUCAAGGAUGGGUACCAGAGCACUUGGGACAAGGCGCAGAGGAUGGGCGUGAAACUGGUCUCAGUGCUCUGGGUCGACAAGUGCCGGAUAUCUGGGCAGCACGUGGAUGAAGCCCUUUUCCCUGCCGCUAACACCCAGAGCUGCCAGCCCAACCUCAUCAGGAAGAAGCGCAAGUGUAUGCAGCCCAAAGAUUUCAUAACUAAAACGCCAGAGAAUGACAAGAGACUUCAAAGGAAGUUUGAGAGGAUGGCUCAGGAGCUGCAAAGGCAAAGGACCUCACUUGAUGACAUCCCCGUCCUGAUGUUCAAGUCCAGCAGGGCCUUGGUGUACAGCCCUGCAUCAGUCGUGGACAGUGGGCAACGCUGGGCCAUGGAGGAGCGGCUGCAAGAGAUGAAGGAGCAGAGGGAGCACCUAUCCCCCACUUUAUCCCAGCAGGUCGAGAUGUCUCGGAACCCUGAGGAUGAUGCUGACACAACCGACCCGUGUGCUGCAGCCUCUCUGAACCCCUCGUGUAACACUGACACCAUGUGCCUAGGUGUGCAGAGCGGACCCUCCAAGCCUGGCCCCUCCGCACUCCUGGAAUGCCAUCAAGACCAACAGGAGACACACAAGCCAGUGAGGAGGAAAAGACCCAAGCCAGCAAGAACACUGGUGAUGACGAGUCUGUGCUCCGAGCAGCGGAGCCUAGUCACCCAGGUGCUGGCCAAGCUGCAGGGCUUCUCUGUGGCCCAGGACGUGACGGACAGGACCACACAUGUGCUGGCAGGGGCGCCGCUACGCACUCUCAGCGUGCUGCUGGGACUGGCCCGUGGCUGCUGGGUGCUGUCCUGGGAAUGGGUGCUAUGGUCCCUGGAAGCCGGGCAUUGGAUCUCCGAGGAACCCUUUGAGCUUCAUGACCACUUCCCUGCGGCUCCACUCUGCCGCCAGCUGCGCCAGCUCACAGCUGGACUGUACCAAGGGACCCUGUUUGCCAACCAGCCACCCAUGUUCAUCUGCCCAGCCAGUGAACCACCCCAGUCCAAGCUGCAGGAGCUAGUUCGACUUUGCGGGGGCCGCGUAGUGCCAGCUCCGAACCAGGCUGGCAUCAUCAUUGGACCCUACCGAGGACGGAGGCCAGGGACCCCAGCCAGAAGCCUGUCAGAGAAGUGGAUCCUAGAUUCCAUCACGCAGCACGAGGUCCUCGCACCCGAGCCCUACUUGUGUCUGUCCUCGCCAUGAAGAGCCCUAGCCGGAUAAGAGCCAGGACACCACCUGUGCGUUUUCUACAGAUUUCCAGAACAUUCUGGGUUCA